UCUUCGCAGAGCGCGGCGCGGGGGUGUGCGCGGGAAGAUGAGGAGCUGCGUUCCCCUGCUCAGCCUCUGGAGCGCCUAUUGUUGCGUUGCCGCCGGAGGCCCCGCGCCCCUGGGUCCGGAGGAACGGCUGCAAGAUGGGUUGCCCAGACCCGCAGCGGAGCCAGCCGUGAGGUUUAACCUCCGCACCUCCACGGACCCAGAACACGAAGGCUGCUACCUCACCCUCGGCCACGACCAGCCCUUGGCCACCUGUGGCUUCAACACGACCGCCAAAACCUUUUUCAUCCUUCACGGCUGGACGAUGAGCGGCAUGUUUGAAAACUGGCUGUACAAGCUCGUGUCCGCCCUGCAGACCAGAGAGAAGGGAGCGAAUGUGGUGGUGGUAGACUGGCUCCCCCUGGCCCACCAGCUCUACACGGACGCCGUGAACAACACCAGGGUGGUGGGGCACAGCUUGGCCAGGAUGCUCGACUGGCUGCAGGGGAAGGACGGCUUUGCCCUCGGCAACGUUCACUUGAUUGGCUACAGUCUUGGCGCUCACGUGGCUGGGUUCGCGGGCAACUUUGUGAACGGCACCGUGGGCAGGAUCACGGGUCUGGAUCCCGCUGGCCCCCUGUUCGAAGGGGCAGACGUCCACAGGAGGCUGUCCCCCGACGACGCGGACUUCGUGGACGUGCUCCACACGUACACGCGCUCCUUCGGCCUGAGCAUCGGGAUCCAGAUGCCCGUGGGCCACAUCGACAUCUACCCCAACGGAGGGGACUUCCAGCCGGGCUGUGGGCUCAAUGACGUCCUGGGCUCCAUCGCCUACGGAACACUUGCCGAGGUGGUGAAGUGCGAGCACGAGCGGGCCGUCCACCUCUUCGUGGACUCCCUGGUGAACGAAGACAAGCCGAGCUUUGCGUUCCAGUGCACCGACCCGAACCGCUUCAAGAAGGGCAUCUGUCUCAGCUGCCGCAAGAACCGCUGCAACAGCAUCGGCUACAACGCCAAGAGGAUGCGGAACAAGAGGAACAGCAAAAUGUACCUGAAGACGCGGGCCGGCAUGCCUUUCAGAGUUUACCAUUAUCAGAUGAAGAUCCACAUCUUCAGCUACCAGCACUCGGUGGAAAUCGAGCCCAGCUUUUACGUGACCCUUUAUGGCACCAAUGCUGACUCCCAGGUCCUGCCUCUGGAGAUAGUGGAGAAGAUCGGGUUGAAUGCCACCAACACCUUCCUGGUCUACACCGAGGAGGACCUGGGUGACCUCCUGAAGAUCAAACUCAGCUGGGAGGGCGCCUCUGAGUCCUGGUACAACCUGUGGAAGGAGCUUCGCAGCUACCUGUCCCGACCCCGCCAUCAGGGGCGGGAGCUGAGUAUCAGGCGCAUCCGGGUCAAGUCCGGAGAAACCCAGCAGAAGCUGACUUUCUGUGCCCAAGACCCCGAGAGCACCAGCAUAGGCCCGGGCCGGGACCUCUGGUUUCACAAGUGCCGGGACGGCUGGAGGAUGAAGAAUGAGACCAGCCCACCCCUGGACCUGCCCUGAGCGCCCACCUUCGUGCCUGCGGAGGAAAGUUGCUGCCCAGAGGGACGUCGCCCCUCGGC